UCUGUAUUGAGUCCAAUGAUUAAUAAAAUGGUUCAAUUUACACUUUUAAACGAAAACAUCAUAAAAUAGUGAUAAAUGUUCCGUAUUUCACUUUACUGUAUUAAAACUAAGAAUAGCUGCAAGACAGCGAUUAUAUUAUAGUGUAAAUAAUUAAGAUUUCUAAGAUUUAGAAAGUUAAAAUGACACUCGCGGAAUUCUUUAGUUGUUCCCUGCUGGCGUUUGGGGCUCCGAUCGUGAUGUUCGCGAUGACUGUGGCCACGGAUCCAGUGCGCAUCAUCAUUAUGAUAGCAGCGGCGUUUGGGUGGUUACUGUCUUUUUUGUUGUCCUCGUUAGUAUGGUACGCUGUGGUUCCUCUUAGAUCAUACUUGAUUUUUGGAAUGAUCUUCGCUAUAAUAUUUCAGGAAUUAUUCCGGUAUGGAAUGUAUCUCUUACUCAGAAAGACUGAGGCUGGCCUCAAAGAGAUAUCAGAGAACCAUGAGAUUGGUAGUAAUAAGCUAGAGAUGGCUUAUGUGUCUGGCCUAGGAUUCGGAACAAUGAGUGGAGCAUUUGCACUAGUUAAUGUAUUAGCUGACUCGAUUGGCCCUGGCACAUUAGGCCUGAGUGGUGGGACAGAAUACUUUUUUGUGACAAGUUCUGCAAUGACUCUUUGUAUGAUACUACUCAACACAUUCUGGAGUAUUAUAUUCUUUAGUGGUUUUGAUGAAAAGAACUACCUAAAAAUUCUCUGGGUUAUCAUAUCACAUUUCUUUGUGUCAUUUCUAAGUUUAUUGAACAGCAGGGAACUCUAUGCAGCUUCAAUCUUGCCUUCGUACAUUGUUCUUAUGAUAACUUCAUAUAUUGCGUUUCGCUGUGCCGGAGGAUCUAGUAAAACUUUUAUACAAAGUUUCUCUGCACGGUCAUAGGUUAUUGUUGAAUUUGACCCAGUAAGUGGUGUUGAGACAUGUCUAGGAGCGCCAUAAGACGGAAUCUGUGCUAGUAUUGUGUUGUGGUGUGCCUUACAUUAAUUGAUAGUGUGUUAAAUAAAAUACAGUUUUGUAAUCUGAAUAGUCUAAUAUAUGGAAGUUGAAAAACUAUUUGAAUGCACAAUUGACAAUGCCAAUUAAUUAUAUAGGGAAAAUCAACAUAAAUGGCAAAUUUAAAUAAAUAAAACUUGUGAAUAUAUAGCUUGGCUGAUAAAUUAACAGUAUUUUGUUUAGUUUUCUAAUUAUAUUAAAAAUGAUUCUACACAAGAUUGCCCACAAUGCUAUAAUACCACAUUUUCCUUCAUAAUUUCUUAAGUAACUAAAAACAUAAUAACUUGAUUUUGAAACACACAAACACAAAUGUGCCACAUUUGCAAAUGUGGCUUGUGUCUUUCAAAGGCAACUCAGGGCACAGUUUUUAUUUUACAGUAUAGUACAUUAAUACAUAUUCAUAUAGUUAUGUUUAAAUACCUCACCAGCUAAAUAAGAAAUUUAAUCAGAAAUAAAGUCCUAUGGAAUUUAUGUAUUAUGAUUUCAAAUAUUCACUACAGCUUGUGAUACAAAAUGCACUUCAUGCUAGGGUGAAGUCUCGUUCCUCUAGUGCAGAAAUUCACUUAUGAACAUUUGACACCAAAGAGACUAGCUAUAUUGAGCUCAAGCUACAUUUGGACUGAUCAUCGCUCAUCAUCACUAUCUGAAUGUUAAACAAAACUUGCCCCGUAGUUAAUAUGUUAACAGAAUUAUAUUACUUAUUUUUACUUUUAUUAAAAAACUCAGUUAAAAUGACUAUGAAUAGUUUAAACACUAAAAAGCAUGCCUAAAUAGAAAGCCAAACAAAAAAUAAUUUUAUCCUGGUAAUCUUAGAAUGGUUAGAUCAAUAAAUUAAUUGCAUUGUCAGCAAUUCUCAAUGUGCAAAAUUUUUGAGUUACAUCUUAAAAUUGGUAAAAAUUUCAUUGAUACAGUACAUAGAUAGACAGGUCAAGCUAACAAAAAACGUAUUAAAAAGGCUGAUAAAUUAAUAUGUUUUGUAGUAUUUUGAUUUAAUGUUGCCUACAUAAUAGACUGAAGUAUAUUUUAAAUUAUAAAUAGCGAAUGAGUCAGGUGUGAUUAGGACAUUUAAUUUAACUAAGCCUUUUUCCAUAAAUAGAAAAGAAAUGUGAUGAAAAGUUUUCAUCUUCUAUGACUAACAGGAAGAAAAUGUAAUCUACAGGAUGCAAGAGAUUCCCCACUAAUGACAUUCCAUAAAAAAAUCAUACACAUGUUUUAAUGUUCUUUUAAUUUUAAGAAUAAUUUUAUUUGAGCUGUUUAAUGUAAUAUUCUAACAAAAAAUAUGAUUUCAAAAUAAAGUUCACUGCUCUAACAUUGCAACAUAAUAAAUAAUGAUUUUUAUACAAAAAUAAAAUGAUUUAAUAAUACAUAAAAUGCAUUUUUUUUAUUGUCUUUGUAGGCAGACGAGUUUACGGCCCACCUGAUGGUGAGUGAUUACUGUCGCCCAUGAAUGUCAGCAAUCCCAGUGGCAUUUUGAGCCGGAGGCCGAACCUCUUGCGAGGUCCCCUAGAGGCGCCUAAAGGGCGCACGGGGUAUGUGGAACUUGACGAUCUACAGAUGUUGGGAGCAGAUCGCGGGCCUAAGGAGUUUUAGUGCCCUACCGCACUAAAUGACUCCCCUGCAUUCUCACUCUUAACGUCCGGUCUCCAUCCGGGGUCAGAACCCUGUCAGAGUAGUGGGGUUUCCGCGGUCAACACUACAACCAGACUCGCGGCGCGGUCUGGUUGUAGCUGGGAUACCCCGCUUGGCCAGAACCAGCCUACCGGGUCGGAACGCGAUAAACCGCCAACCGCGUUGCUUUUCCACAGUAUGUUUCGCGACGACAGCGACAGCAACGCAGAGCGCUGCCGACGACGCGUCGUCCCAUCUUGAUGCCAGCGCGUUAGAGUGAUGGUAGCGUGCGGUGCAGCCUCAACCCCCUCAGGUCGCCCCGUGACCAUUACCGGGAGGAGAUUGCCUCCUCACGAGGUGCAGAGCCAGCCUGCUGCCUACCGAUAAAUUCUGCAAUA